ACCAUCACGUAGAGCAUUCUGCUCGUCGCUAGUGAUUAUGGACAACUCCCCUCCGCCGCCGUCAAACGAGUCUCCUCCGCCGCAGCCGCCUCCUCCUCAAGCGACGCACACAGGAUCACCAACGGAUUUUCUCAAGGGUGUUGUCGGCAAGAGGGUGAUCGUCCGACUCACAUCGGGGGUUGAUUACCGAGGACUCCUAUCGUGCUUGGAUGGAUACAUGAACAUUGCUUUGGAACAGACUGAGGAGCACGUCAACGGGGUAGUCACGAAUCGGUAUGGAGACGCUUUUAUUAGAGGAAAUAAUGUACUUUACAUAUCGGCUGCCGAACCUAUAUAGCCCAUUUCAUUGCGAGCAAGGUCUGUACGUGUUGAAGAUCGGUG